CUUCCAACCUCCCCUUUCCCCUCCUCUCUAUUAGCCUAAUAGGCUCAGAGCUUUGGAUUCCUUUCUUGGUUUCUCUGCCCAAGGUUUCUGAAGCAAAUGCUGUUCUUCUGAGAAUUUGCUUCUUGAAGAGAUCACAUUGCUGUCUUUAUUAGCAGUGUUGAUUCAAUCUAGUAGAAAGCUCUAAUACCCAAAUGCUCUUAUUGGGUUUGGCUCCUUUAUGCUGUCAGUGAUAUUCCAGUUGUUCUUCAAUCGGUCUGUGUUUUUUUCUUAUGUUCACUAAUUUUGCAGUUGGAUGAGCAGGAAUCUAUGAUUUGCUAGGCCUGUUUUUGCACCUUUCGGCUUACGAAUCUGCUUUUCAUGCUGUCGGAGUAAGUCCUCGUAGGCCUACUCUGCUGAAAUCUGCUGUUUUUUUUUUGUUCGGCUGUGUAGAGUGAGCUUUUGCAGGCCUAAUCUCUUGUGGGUCAGCUAGAAAUUGCUUUAAAAUCUACUUUGAAGGCCCAAGUCUUUGUGGGGGUGCAUUUGUUUCGUGUGACAGAAGUCAUAUUUUAGGCCCAAAACUGGUUUGGGUUGGCUCCAAAAUCUGUGUUGGUUUUUGAAAUUUGUACCUGCUAUAGAGUCUGCAUCAGGCCUAAUUAUUAAAUUUUCAUCUAGGAAGCUCAGAUUUAGGCCAAUUUUGUUGGAGUUCUGCACAAAUUAGGCCUUUGAACUUCAGGUUUUUAGACCUCAAACUCAUUUGUGUACAUAAUCGAGGCUUCUUGCUUCUAAUUCAUCUGGAUCUCUACCUAGCCCAGAUAUCUUUUUGGUCUCAGAAAUAUCUGGGUUUACACAAGCCAAUUUAUUACUCCUCCGAACUGAGCUGGGUCGGAACUGUUACGCACAAAGCCUAAAACCUGCAUCAUUCGCAUUUGCUAGGGACUCUCAGUCGAGUUGGGCUCAACUCCUGUUGAAACUCCAAGCAUUCUGCAUAAAAUAUUUGUUUUACAGUCCCAGUUGAGUGGGGAUUGAUAUAUCUGAACCAAAAUCCGUCUGCAACAGGCUGCUUCCUCUGCUAUGAUGGGUUUUCCUGCAGGCUACUCAGAGUUCAUCAUAUCCAAAGUGCUGUUCAAUGCAGUAUUUCUUCUUUCAUCUAUCAGGAAUGGAAUCUGUUGGCUCCUCAGUUUCAUUGGAUUAGCCGAGUUUUUGGAGCAGGAAUUCGCAGAUCUGACAGAGCGUUCCGCAGCUGCUUGCUCUGCUACCGCAUAUAUGAUAAGGGAGCGCCUUCCUGUAGUAACAUUCGGGGUUUUAACAGACAGUCUUGACGGAUUUGACGAGGUAUCAUGCUCUGUCUGUUUGAAUGAGUUUGCUGAAAAUGAAGAGAUAAGACAGCUGACAAAUUGCUGCCACAUUUUUCACAAGAAUUGCUUGGAUAAAUGGCUUGAUCAUGAUCAGAAAACAUGCCCUCUUUGCCGAACCUGUCUAAUGCCAGAAAAAAUUGAAAACGAUGAAACAGAAGGAUCCUGGGCGGUGGAACGGUUAUUGUAUUUAUUUGGGGAAGACAUGGUAUUCCAAUCACAACAUACAACCCAAAUAAGAUAGGAAUCCUUUUAGUUAUUUUUAGGGUACGAGGCGUAAAGUAAUAUCAUAACUUAAGUCUCAGAUAAAAUUACCCAUUUUGCUAUUCUUACUGUAAAUACAGGCUAGCUCGCCUCUUAUUGUUGUAAAUGAAAUCCACAUGUAUAUGUAGCACUAGCAUCUAGGUCGGGAAAUGGAGAGUUGUGUUAAAUGUGGUGCCUGUUUUAGUCCUGCCUGUCAGAACAGACACAGUGCUUUUGGUACCAUAGAGAAUUAUGCAGUAGUAUUGAAGGCCGGAAUACCUUUAUUUUACACAUAUUUUGCACUGAGCAUAUGUAAUACUAAUAUAUUGUAUUGGUGGGGAAAUUACACAUGUAAAUGAAAUCAUUGGUGGGGAAAUUGGUGAA